GGGCAAAAUGUGGGCAAUAAUUACAAGGAGUUCACUUUCACGUGUGGUCAGACGUCUAAUUCCAACGUCAGCAGUUACAGCAGAAGGCAAUAAAAGGAGUAUUCAGUUGGUCACAGAACAACACAGGCUUCCCACAAUGACCCAGUACGAGACAGUUGAGAAGGGCGCAAAGAACUCGCCGAGCUACAGCCUGUACUUCAAAAACAAGUGCGGCAAUGUCAUCUCUCCGAUGCACGACAUUCCCCUCUACGCCAAUGAGGAAAAGACCAUCUACAACAUGGUUGUGGAGGUGCCACGUUGGACCAACGCCAAGAUGGAGAUCAGCCUCAAGACCCCACUGAAUCCCAUCAAGCAAGACAUCAAGAAGGGUAAGCUGCGCUUCGUGGCCAACUGCUUCCCGCACAAGGGAUACAUUUGGAACUACGGCGCCCUGCCCCAGACCUGGGAGAACCCCGACCACAUUGAGCCCUCCACUGGCUGCAAGGGCGAUAACGACCCCAUCGAUGUGAUUGAGAUUGGCUACAGAGUGGCCAAGCGCGGUGAUGUGCUGCAGGUCAAGGUGCUGGGAACCAUUGCCCUGAUCGACGAGGGAGAGACCGACUGGAAGAUCAUCGCCAUCGACGUCAAGGAUCCCCUGGCGUCGAAGGUCAACGAUAUUUCGGAUGUAGACCAGUACUUCCCUGGCUUGCUGCGUGCCACCGUUGAGUGGUUCAAGAUCUACAAGAUCCCCGAUGGCAAGCCGGAGAAUCAGUUCGCCUUCAAUGGUGAUGCUAAGAAUGCUGACUUCGCCAACACCAUUAUUGCCGAGACCCACAAGUUCUGGCAGAAUCUGGUAAAUCAGACCGGCCUUUCCAGCUCUAUUUCAACCACCAACAUUACUAACCGUAACUCGGAGCAUGUCAUUCCCAAGGAGGAGGCUUUAAAGCUGCUGGCCCAGGCCCCAGAAGGCGGCGAGGUGGAGGAGGUGUCCGACACAGUCGACACAUGGCAUUUCAUUCAUCUCAAGUGAGAUGUCGCUCUGGGAUGAAUCCUUCGUACAUCGUAUCGUAGUCUAAUCGAAUUGGAGAUUUUUUUCACUUGUGAAUUAUUGAUAUUGGAAAGCACGUGAAGACCUUGAAUAUUGAAUAAAGUUUUGCACAGCAAUUAAA